CUCGAGCCACACACAGCUCAAACAGCCAGGAAGCAGCAAGCACGAAUUCUCCCCAUUUGUAAUCUAUACAUCUCGCGUGUGGUGGCCCAUUUCGUUUGCUUUGGCGAGGACGGGGGGGGUAAACACAGCGAGAACUUCCCAAGAGCUUGGUGAUACUUCCCACAGGAGACCAGGACCGCUGACUUUCGAGGUUUGGACCCUUGACGAGAGACAAUGUCCAACAACGUCAGCAGCAGCAGCAGCAGCACCAGCAGCGCUGCCGGAGCGCCUGAGCUAGGACCUCAGAGCAAGAUUUCUAUCGUCCCGGACGGGUCGGCUGGAUCGAGCCCACACGGGAGCGGUCAUAGCGUUGUGGAGAAGGCACACAGCAGCCCCGCGAAUGGUGUCGAGAUCUCGCCACCAGCACCGGCACCACCGGCAGAAGUAGUCGUGGUUGCCGCUAAGAAGGCCGACCCGCCAAAGCUGGCGUUUAACCCCAUCAGCCCUGGGCUGACCAACGUCAAGCUACCGCUGGGCCCUUCACCCAAGGAGGAAGCGAAAACGGCUUCGCCCGAGAAAAAGGAAAAGGAGGAGCCGCCUGUGGAGGCUAAGGUCGGUGACCUGGUAGAGUUGUUCAUGGGGAGGGGCCAGGUUCGGGGCAUCCGACAAGAGGAUGGCAUGCUCGAAGUGUGGGCCGUGGGCUGGGAGAUGGCCGGCGAGCAGAGGGCUCGCUUCUUCGUCCCGAGGGAGACCGUCAAGGUGGUUCCGACGGUGUACUACAAGAUGAACGCCCUGGAACGGCUGCAGAUGGCCGCGUGGUUGAAGGAAGAGGGUGCCCAGCUGUUCAAGGCUGGCGACUUCGAGAAGGCUGCCACAAAGUAUAUGAAGUCCAUCGGCGUGCUCAAGACGGGCGAGUUCACCACCAACGCCCAGAACGCGAGAGCGGUGCAGCUGAUGAUCCCGUGCCACAACAAUGCCGCCACGUGCUACAUCAAGAGAAAAAACUACGGGGACGCAAGGCUCCUUACAGGGAACGUCGACACCCUCUGCAGCGCCUUGGAGCGCAACAGGGACGGCAAGGUGAUGAAGGAGCUGAAGGAGAGAGGGGUCGGGGAGACCACCAUCCUGGGCCAGUGGUGGUGCAAGGGUUUAUUCUUGGGAGGCAAGGCUUGCCUCUACCAGAGCGAGAAUGAGGAGGCCGUAAAAUACCUCAAGAAGGGGAGCAGGUUGGCCAAGCCUGCGGCUCUGGCGAAGCUUCGUGCGGAGAUCAACAACGAGCUUGAGAAGGCGACGAAGCGAUUGACCAGCCAGACCAAGAAGGCGCAAAAGAUGUGGUCAAAGGCGUUCUCUAAGAACUCUACCGACGUUGCGCCAGAGCAAGAAAGAGUUCCUGCUGCGGCCGAGAAGAGAGCUUUGCCGUCUAUGCCCACGCAAGCGAUGGACGUGAGGAAUGGGGGUCCUGAGAAGUCCGUGAUGGAGCGAUUGGAGGCGUUGGGAAAGAUGGGGGUGGUUCCAGCGAUUCCGGAGCCUAGCAAGACAACCCCACAAGAUCAGGAGCAGGGCGAAGAAGGCGAAUCGGAAGAGGAAGAAUACGACUCAGAAUACGACGACGACGACGACGACGACGACGAGUCAGGGUCUUUAGCGUCGAGCGGGCUGCUGUGGGGGUCGCUAGCGGUCGGGGCUGUCGCGCUCUCCGUUGCGACGCUCGUGGCGUUGGGGAAGAGACGCUGAGUGUCGGUGUGGUGCCGCCGUGACCGUGCGGUUUCUUCUUGUUCGUGUGUGCGUGGCUUGCGGUUGUUUGGGUUGGCUCUGUCCGCGACGGAGACACACUCUGGUGUUUUUUUCACGUUGUCGGAGGGAAUAACGUUCGACCUACUUCUCUGCGGGAGACAAUGGGUACCUGGUACGCCGUACUUGAAGAUUUUCUAACGUUAGGCCCACACGCUCCGCGUAGGUCUUGUUGGUCCGGCUUCCGUAGAAUAUGCGGUGAUGUGUAGUCUACACUGAAAGAUUCGCUCCUUGUGAAGAUCGGGAGGAAGUGAAUAAGGCAACCUCUACCAGACCCAGGCAUGGCGACAUGCUGUUAGUUGUCUGCAGCUGCUGCAAAGCCGACGACUUUGAGUAGGCGUGUUGCUCGCUCUCGCCCGAUUGGCGACAACGACGCUGUGAAGUAACUCCCAACUAGCCUUGGGUGAGCAUCUUGACAACCAGAGAGAAGCGAAUUCGUUGGGGGCAGCUAUAUUUUCUGAUCGGUAAACAAGAUAAGGUCGAGGAAACCGUGGCUGAGUUUGGAUGACCGCUCACCACAUCAUUCAUGCAUGGUUUCGAAAGGGCGUGUGGGACACGGACAACGUAAUUUACUUGAUUGACUACGUUUGCC